AUGAUGUACCCCUUCACGGACGAAUGCUGCCAAGCCCCUAGCCAGCGGCAGAUGUGCGGGGAUGAGGCCACGGGGAGGGGGAGCAGCAGGGGGAAGGGAGAGACAGAAGGCACUCGCCAGGUAAACCAAGUUGGAACAUCUCCUCAGCAAUGUGCUGUAACUGACCGGCUGCUGGACAUGUUGCAGAAGGACAUGAAAACUUUGGAAAGCAAAUAUGACGAUUUGGUGGAUAAAUAUACCACAUUAGUUGACACGACAGCAAAGUUGCAAAUUAAUGUGGCAAAAUUUACUUCGGAAAAGCAAGGGGCUGGCGGCAAGGACUGUGCUGAACUCUACAAGAACGGGUUAAAACUAAGCGGAGUGUACACCAUUACCCCCUCUAGCGGCCAAAGUCCUUUCGAUGUCUACUGUGACAUGACCACUGACGGGGGAGGAUGGACGGUGUUCCAGAAGCGUAUGGAUGGCUCAGUAGACUUCUACCGUGGCUGGCAGGAUUACAAACACGGCUUUGGUAACUUGAACGGGGAAUAUUGGUUAGGAAACGACCAAAUAAAUCUCCUAACUCACCAGGGGCACUAUGAACUCCGUGUUGACCUAGAAGACGCCACAGGGGUGAAAGUUUAUGCUCGCUAUGAUAACUUUGCUGUCUCCUCCGAACGGACUAAUUAUCAGUUAACACUUGGUGCAUAUUCUGGGGACGCAGGUGAUUCCUUAUCCAACCAUAAUGGAGCGUCGUUCUCCACAAAGGACAGAGAUAACGAUACAUAUGAAAAGAAUUGUGCACAGGAAUUCAAGGGAGCUUGGUGGUAUAACAGUUGUCACGCAUCCAAUCUGAACGGCCUGUACCACCUGGGUGAUCACAGCUCAUUCGCUGAUGGUGUAAACUGGUAUGCAUUUAAAGGAUACAAACACUCCCUGAAGACAACGGAGAUGAAAGUUCGCCCUGUAGGUUUCAAAUCUGCAAAUAUUGUCAUUGGAUGA